GAUUCCUGCUUUUUGGCCAUGAAAAUGCCACGGUGGCUUUAGCUGGCAAAGGUGUGCGUGUGGAUGUUUACUGAAAUAAACACGUGUUUGGAUUUCAGCGAUUACUUUUCGUACUGUUCUUCGGCUUUUUUCUCAGUGUAAAGGUCGCUUUAUGAAAGCUACAAUCUGGAUCGCGGCAGCGGAAACAGAAAGAAGAUAGAGGAAUUCUCUCGGUCUUCUCGCGAAAAACUUCUCCAAUCCAAGAACAAAAUGUUCUCCAAAUUCACCUCGAUUCUUCAGCAUGCGGUGGAAGCGCUUGCACCAUCACUGCCCUUGCAGGAAGACUUUGUCUACCACUGGAAGGCCAUCACACAUUACUACAUAGAGACUUCAGAUGAUAAAGCCCCAGUAACGGACACUAACAUCCCUUCCCACCUGGAGCAGAUGCUGGAUAUCCUGAUCCAGGAGGAGGAAGAGAGGGAGUCGGGUGAGACGGGGCCCUGCAUGGAGUACCUGCUCCAUCACAAGAUCCUGGAGACGCUGUACACUCUGGGCAAGGCUGAUUGUCCACCUGGUAUGAAGCAGCAGGUUCUGAGCUUCUACACCAAGUUACUGGGCCGGAUUCGCCAGCCACUCCUGCCUCACAUCAACGUGCACAGACCUGUACAAAAACUGAUCCGUCUGUGUGGCGAAGUUCUUGCUGCUCCGACAGAGAAUGAAGAGAUCCAAUUUCUCUGCAUAGUCUGUGCCAAACUUAAACAAGACCCCUACCUGGUGAACUUCUUCUUGGAGAAUAAGGGAAAACGAGCAGACAACAGAGAAUCGGGAGCUGACUGGUUUAAGGAGGAUCCGUCAUCUCCAGAUACAGGUCAGCAGCAGAGUGCUGGUGUGGCGUGUGACAUGAGCAGCCCUGCAGACGGGGCCGGAGCUACAGUACAUGCCAACAACAACGGUAGCUACAACCUGGUCAGCUCUCUGCUCAACCUGACCAAGAGCCCAGAUGCCCGCGUGGUGGUGAAGGCGUGUGAGGGUCUGAUGCUGCUGGUCAGCUUGCCGGAGCCUGCAGCGGCAAAGACGCUAACGGAAAGCACAGAGCUGUGUGAGCUGCUCACGUCUCGCCUCACCGUGUUCUAUCAGGCAUUGCCUCAGUCUAUGGACCCGCUUGAUAUCGAGACAGUCGAAUCUGUCAACUGGGGGCUGGAUGUAUACAACUUGAAAGAAGAUGCUGCUGCUUUUGCAGGGAAGCGAGCGCUCAUUUCCUUCCUCUCUUGGCUGGACUACUGCGAUCAGCUGAUCAAAGAGGCCCAGAAGACCGCGGCAGCAGUUUUAGCUCGAGCAGUGCGAGAACGCUUCUUUCUACCUGUGAUGGAGCCACAGCUCAUGCAAACGUCAGAGGUGGGUAUCCUGACCUCCACAGCACUGUUGAACAGGAUUAUCAGGCAGGUCACAUCGAAGGCCUUACUGCAGGAGACUGUUUACUUCCUGUUGGGAGAAGAACUGGGUCCUGAGACGCCGGCCAGCAUUACUCAGAAUCCCCUGAGGCACAGACUUGUAGGGCACUGCGACCACCUUUCAGAUGAGAUCAGCAUCAUGACUCUGCGGCUGUUCGAGCAAUUGCUGCAGAAGCCGUGCCAGCACGUGCUGCACAAUCUGGUGCUGCGCAGCAUCGAUGAGCGCAACUACAUCGAGAACAAGGUACAAGACGAGCGCGAGGAACGCGAGCACAUGGAGAACGGGCAGCCUCACGACGCUGUUGAUUUGGAAGAGGACCCGCUGUUCUCUGACCUGUCUCCAGAUACCAGGCUGUCCAGCCCUGAUUGGCUGAGCUGCUCACCUCCACCUAGCACAGAACACACAAAGCCUGAUGGGAAAACAGAGGUCCACAAAAUUGUUAACAGCUUCUUGUGCUUGGUUCCGGAUGAAGCAAAAUCGUCUUAUCAAGUUGAAGGCACUGGCUAUGACACUUACCUGAGAGAUGCACACAGACAGUUCCGAGACUACUGUGGCAUCUGCCAGAGGUGGGACUGGCGCAGCAGCCCUAAGCCUAUUGAGAAGUGUAAUCUGGACAUCCCCUUCUUCGAGGGACACUUCCUUAAAGUGCUGUUUGAUAGAAUGGGACGUAUCCUAGACCAGCCAUAUGAUGUCAACUUGCAAGUCACAUCAGUGUUAUCGAAGCUAUCUUUGCUGCCCCAUCCUCACUUACAUGAGUAUUUGUUGGACCCCUACAUCAAUCUGUCACCUGGCUGUAGAUCCCUCUUUUCCGUCAUUGUGAGGGUGGUGGGAGACUUGAUGUUGAGGAUCCACCGUAUUCCAGACUUCAACCCUAAACUGCUGCUAGUGAGGAAGAGGCUGCUUGGGAUGGAACCAGAGGGAUCAAGUAUUGAUCAUGUGACAUUGCUGGAGGGGGUCAUCGUCCUGGAGGAGUUUUGUAAGGAGCUGGCAGCCAUCGCAUUUGUUAAGUUCCACGCUUCUGCGUCUUCAUCCCCCUGAACUCCUGCCUGCUGUACCCUGGACACAAGCAUCAUUGGCACAGUUCCAACUUGACAGAGUGGGCAGCUGGCACCCACUGAAUCCCAUUCAUCCUUCAGAUCAGGUUCCUGUCUAUAAAGCUCCAGAGGGUCUAGACUCAUCUGUCUGAGAACAUGCAGGAGAGGAUGAGGAUGGAGGAAAAAUGCCCACAGGUCAAACUUGCACAGGUGUGAAGGUGAAAGGUGAUUGUGGUAGCACUCAUGAUGCAUAUUCUUGUGCUUUGUCCCUCUUUUAAUUCAUCCAAAUCAUCUCCUCCGCUUUGUUCAUUUUUGCCAUUUUAUGCAUUUAAUUUUAAAUUUGCCUUUUAUUGUCCUUCUGGCUUUGCACAUGAACUUGAGGAUUUUUUUUUUUUUUAACCCACAGCGUGUUUCACUUCACAUUUGGAACACACCUUACUUAUUUAUUCUUGUCCAAAACAGAUCUUAGUUCUGAAAGAACUAGAAAAAAUAUAUAUAUUUACAUCAUGUAAAAAUUUUACUGUUUGAUUAGAGAUACUAACUAAAAAAAGCUCUGAGCUUUAUCUAAAAACAAAUGUGUGUAAAAUUGAAUUGUAAUAAUCUGUAGUUACAGUAACACAUACUGUGCUUAUUAUUUUCUUGUGGGGAAACGAUACCAAAUGAUGCACGAUGUAUCCAUUAAUGCAUAUGCAACCUUAACCAUUAUGUUGAUACUUUUGAUAACUCAGGAUUAGAAAUCGAACUGUGCUUAAAAAAAAAAAAGUAGAAUCCGCAAACUGACCUGCUGCACUACUCUUCAUUUUAUCAGUCCUGAUCCCUCUUUCAAAUUGGACUGCGCACAUUUGCACAUCAGACAUCGGAUUUCACUGGAGUGUCCUCGGAGAACUGUGCGUCACGUUCAUGACAGUGUUUGGAAACCUUUCAUUUUUAAGGGUUUAACUUCAUUGCCUUAUGUAUGUGUGUUUAAUUUAUGUUGUGUGUGUGUCUUGUGCUUUAUGCUAGGCUAGGGUGUAGUUAUUCUCGUCACUCUUGGUUAUUUAUUGUGUGUAAGGACUUGCAUUUUGAAUUUGAGAGAGUUCAAGAAUUUUUUUGCUCCUCUUAUGAUUUCAGUAUUAUGAUAUGACAGAACAUCUGCCAUAUCCCCCCCCCAUCAGCUACAUUGAAAUAUACACCAGCAAUAGUGUUCUCUAGUAGACUUUUUUUUUUCCUGUGAAAUGCAUAAAAAGGUUUACAAUGCUGAAAUAGUCCAUUUCCUGUACAGCUGGAUUUUUGACAUAGUUAAGACCUGUUAUUAAGGGAACUGUGCAGGAUUUUAAGGGGUUUUUUGUUUUUUUUUGUUUUUUUUUUGUAGUAUGUUUUUCCAGAACCUUGGAUCUAGGCAUGUGUUAAUCAAUUUUAAUGAUUACAGCAUAACAGGGUGUGCUAUUUAUAGGAAAAUAAUCAUAGAUGGGAAGGUUACCACUCAGAAACAGCAUGUCCUGAAAUGUUUUAUUCCUCUUGUACCACAGCCUUGAGCCUACGUAUGCAGACAGCAUUUUUGGCCAACAUUUGUGCUCCUGAAAUAAAAGGUCAAGUCCUUGACCUUAAGCCUGCUGUUACAUUGGAAUUUACAAUACAUUCGACAUUAUAAUGUACAGUGGAUGCUUAAUGCCAAGUGUGAGUUCUGGCAAACAUGCUGAUAUAUAAAAUUAUUUUAUUUUUUUUUUAAGUUAGGCAGUUAUUGUGAUGUGAUUACCAGCACAUGCCUAUUUAUUUCCAUUUACCUUUGAGAAUAUCUUCUCCUCUGCAAAUUGAUCCAAUUAAUCAAACUUGUAGUUGAUCUUUUUAAUUAAAUUGCACAUUCAUGGUAGACAACAUUGUCCUAUUUAAGUUGUACAUACCUAAUACUUUUACUUAUUUUAUAUAAGCCUUUUUUUUAAUUUUCUUUUGUUUAGUACCAAAGGGUCCUGUCAUGUAUAAGUGGCUUGUUUCUUGUAAAAAUCCUUAUUUCUUAAACUUGCACAUUUUAUAUCAUAAAUGUCCCUGAGAGGUUUUCUCUAAUCCUGUAUAUAUGUGUACAAUGAUGUAAAAUGCAUGCAAACAUUUUCUAAUAGUAUCCUUUCUUUGUUUCCAUCUUUUUUUGCCAUGCUUUUUAACCUCUUGGCUGCCAAUUAAUAUGGCUGUGACUAGGCAUUUGCAGAUAAUUUAAAAAAAAAAAAGAGAGAGAGAUUCUCCAGUCUUGAAACAAUGGGGAUAGCUAGGCACCUCAUGAUUGACUUUGAUUCAGAUGCAAUUACAACAAAGCUUUUGACAAGUUGUUUUUGUUCCAAAUAAUUUGCUGCUUUUAACAUCUAAUUAACCAGCAUACAAAACACUAGGCUUAAUGUAUUUAUAUUAGAGCUGUGCAAAGAAUGUCUUGUUUGGAUCAAGAAAUGCGACCUAGAAAUUUUUCUUCAUGUUAAAUAUAAUGGAAUUUCAUAACUUAUUUAUUAACACAUGCCUAGAUGUGACACAUGCCUUAUUUGGGUGCAGCAGAGGAUGGCAUUUAUGCCCUUUUGGGGUUUGGGUCUUACACUUAAUGUAUUUUCAUUUUACUGAUGAUGUUUUGUGAGUAGUCUAAUUAGAAAGCCACCAAAUUCCAUUUUAUCAGUACUAGAUGUGUUUUCCCUGGUUUUCAUUUACUCAGACCAGUCACUGUUCUGUUUGACAGAUUUGGUGGCAGCUUUUGUCGAAAUGUAGCUCAUGACAUUGCAUCGGAUUGAUACAAAAGGUCAAAAGUCACUGCCAUGAUGCAGCAAUGAGCUGUUGUUUAGAUCAUUGCAUUGCAUGCUCACAAUCUUGGUCCAUUAAAGUAGGCAAGGCUGUGUAUUAGAAGGGUGUUGCACUCUUUCAGCCCCCAGUAACAGACUGUACGCUGAACAUUGUGAUUCAGCAUCAAAUACAUCUUGUUGCACCUUUCAUCUAUUUUGUACCUUUUAAGAAAAAAAGGGUUCUUGUAUACUUUCCGUCCCAAUUAAAAUAUUCUUUUUCUCCAAGAA